AUGUCGACGUGUCCGCAGUGCUUCACUGGAACGUGCCGACGUCACAAGCAGCAAGACCAUGGGCGCUCUUUAAUAAAAAGCGCGAAUGCUGUAUCGACACUGCAAAAAAUAUAUGACCAACUUGUCGGCUCCAAACUUCAGAGGCUAGAGGCAGAGGCCAAGAAAGACACGUCGAAGCAGCACACCAAGGAGUUUCGCAAACAGCUGGAUGCGUCUCGCGAUAAGUCAUUACGGAAGAGUCGCAAGUCUAGUGUAAGAAAGUCGAAGCUUUAUAUGGCGAAUAGUGGUCUUAAUCCGCAAGCUCUGGCCGCUAUUUAUGACUCAGACUCAGACGCAGAAGCUGAACAACGCAAGAGGAGGAAGUCACACAAACAUUCGACGUCGAAGAAAAGAAAGCGCGCAUCUAAAAAUGACUGUUUUUCAGACUCAAGCGAUGAUUACAGCGAUUUGCAUGACUUCGAUAGGCAGUGGCACCUCGAAUGGCAUGCAGCUGACUUGGACGAUCAGAUGGAUGGCCAGGAUACGACCACAGCUUAG